CGAGAAAGUUGCAUCCUGCUAAUAAGUUAACUAGUCAGGAAAAAAAAAGAAAUGAACCUUUGACAAGCAUCGGCGAAAGGGGAGUGGAGGAAAUGGAGAGCUCCUGAAUGGGGACACGGCAUUUUAUAGCGGGAGGAAUGGUUUGAUAGAAAUGGGAGGGCGAGAGAGAAGGUGAGCCGGUAUAAAGACUCGGUCUGGGGCCGGACACUCUGAACCCAUGAAGAAGAGGCACCAUGGCUUGGCUCCCCGGAUGGGUUUUCCUCUGCCUGUCUUGCGCUGCGGCAGGAGCGGCUUCAUCGGAAGAUGGGGUGCACUGGUGCUACCUUUCCCAGAAAUGCCAGGACCCGCAUUGUAAAGAACCCCGGCAGUGGGACGAGAUCACCCCCAGCGCCUGCGGGGGAAAGCAGCAGUCCCCCAUCAACAUUGUCACCAGCAAAAUAGAAUACGACUGGAACUUGCUGCCUUUCCAUUUCGAGAAAUACAACGCCGAGCAAGCUUCAGACUGGCACAUCGUCAACAACGGGCACACGGUCCAGGUGAAUUUAGACGGGUCAGCCAAGAUCUCAUCCGGGGGCCUUUCGGGCAAAUACAAAGCCAUGCAGUUCCACUUCCACUGGGGAAACGACGCGGAGAAGUCCAGCCGGAGGCUCAGCCCGGGAUCCGAGCACAGCAUCGACGGGGAGAGAUACCCCAUGGAGCUUCACAUUGUCCACAUCAAGGAAAACUACGCCAGCCUAUCCGACGCCCUUCAAGGAAACGGUGUCGCCGUGCUUGGGUUCUUUAUAGAGGUGGGCAAAUACAACGAAAACUACGCCCCGCUCCUCUCGCAAUUAAGUGAAAUUCCUUUCAACGGUAAUAACAAGGACAUGCCACCUUUGCGCCUGGAUUCCUUGAUCCCGAAAGCGGACGACCUCACCAGCUUCUACCGCUACACUGGCUCCCUCACGACCCCGGCCUGCAACGAGAACGUGGUCUGGACGUUGUUUGAGAAGCCCAUCGAACUGCAGCUGGGGCAGAUCCAAGAGUUUUGGAUGCAGCUCUAUUUCGGCACAACCAAGAACGACUCCUGGAUAGUGGACAACUUCCGCCCCACGCAGCCCCUCGGAGACCGAAUCGUCUUCAAGUCGGACUCCAACGCCUUCCUGCCUCCGGCAAAACUGUUUCUCCUCAUCCCAACAGCCGCAUGCUUUUCCCUCUCUCUUCUCCAGUGAGAUUUCCCCUUCGCCUGGCACCCAUACUGAAUCAAUACGAAAUCAAUAUCAAUAUAUUUCAAGCUCACUUUCAGGUUACACUACAACCAGGGUCAAAUGUGUUGGGGAUUGUGGGUGAUAGGUGGAAGCUCUUACGUGUGCCCAUGAGCCCAGAGACACCCUGCGGAAUGAUGCACCACUCAGCUUUGCAGAAAAAACAACACAGGAACUUUUACUAGAUCCAAGAGAUCAACAGAAUAAUGAUAUUUACAAUAGUCCCUCUGAUUGCUUACAGAAAUCAGCAGUUAUAGGCAAUCCUUUCUUAGUCCAUGAAUCCAUGAGAAAGAAAUCCAAACUGGUUCUCCAGCAGCAGGAUAGCAACAGUUACAAAACCUCUGAUUGCUUACAGAAAUCAGCAGUUAUAGGCAAUCCUUUCUUAGUCCAUGAAUCCAUGAGAAAGAAAUCCAAACUGGUUCUCCAGCAGCAGGAUAGCAACAGUUACAAAACCUCCGAUUGCUUACAGAAAUCAGCAGUUAUAGGCAAUCCUUUCUUAGUCCGUGAAUUCAUGAGAGAAAAACCUGUUCAAACUGGUUCUCCAGCAGCAGGAUAGCAACAGUUACAAAACCUCUGAUUGCUUACAGAAAUCAGAAGUUAUAGGCAAUCUUUUCUUAGUCCAUGAAUCUGCUUCAGUUAAGACCAGCAGCAAACAAGGCCUCAGAAAAAGUCAGGCCUCUCUGUGUACAAAGCCAUCUUCUUUAAAGGCAGUACUCAGUAGACUCACACACACACACAGAGAGAGAAACCUGUUCAAACUGGUUCUCCAGCAGCAGGAUAGCAACAGUUACAAAACCGAUUCUCAGGUCCUUGCAAACUCAGCCUUUAUGCAUUUGAUUUUCCAGUUAACACACAUAUAGUAUCUUUGCACACCAUGACACCCCUCCUUGCGUUGAGUGGAAAAUAACACAUUCCCCAUUUAAACAGUACAUUUAAAAAUACAUAAAUAAUUUAAAUAAAUAUCUUCUGUGAUGUCUGUCAAGUCUUUUCAAAAUUUAAAAAGCAAAACUUAAAAGCAAAGCCAAAACCGGGAUGCAAACUGGGAUAAUCAGUACCGAUAUAUAUAAAUAUAUAUAUUUGUAUAUCCAAAGUGGAUGCCUAACACUGUAUUUUUGUAUUAUUUAUGAUGUCUUGGGUUUGGGAAGGAAUGGAAUAAAUAAAAAAAGAAUAUCAACCAAAAA